AUGUUAGGGUUUGCCGGGCCUCCAGGACCCAUUGGGCCCCCUGGCCCUGCGUCUGCCGGGCCACCUGGGCCUCCUGGGCCACCAGGAGAAAUGGGACCCAUGGGGCCGGCCGGCCCUGUGUCUGCCGGCUCUCCUGGGUUACCAGGAGAAAGGGGACCCAUGGGGCCAGCUGGCCCUGUGUCUGGCGGGCUUUCAGGGCUACCUGUAACGUCCAUGUGUUCACCCCGACCCGGACAGCCUGGGUGUGCUAAACCAUCGAUAUCCGCACCUGCAUUUUGCCCCAAAUGUUACCACGAGUGGCGUGGGGCCUGCUACGGGGUCUUCAGCCUCCACAAGAACUUCAGCGAAGCGGCCGCGACCUGUCGCCGAGAUGGCGGCACCCUCGCCAUGCCCCGAGACGCCGAGACCGACAACUUCCUCUUCGAAUUAGUCAAGUCCAUUGACGCUUACUCCACGUUCUGGAUUGGCCUGACCGACCUUGACAAAGAAGGCACCUUUGAGUGGGUGGAUGGUACUCCUCUGGGUAACUUCAGUGCUUGGGGUGUGGAGCAGCCUGACGACCACAUGGGCAACGAGGAUUGCGUCCAUUUCCGGCCCACACCCAGUGGCAACCACGAUUGGAACGACUUGAGAUGUAGCCUCUACAUAACCUUCAUCUGCCAAGUCGUUCCAGGACCUGCCUAG